CGUACGACUUCACCAAUAGAGUACGUGUUGUCUUGAGCUUGAGGUAGCUUGUGCAUUGCAGUCUUUGUCGCAUGCAAUGAAUCUGGAAGAGACAGCUUUUUCACCAUCAGCUCAGCAUCUGUAAAAAAGGAUAAGAUGCCUCGCUUGCUAAUAAGCGACACCUGCCGCUUUCUUAUUUUACGCGCCGACCGAAUUGAUAAGCCAGCCGCUUGGACCCGCCGAGCGCAACGGGGGUUUGGAUGACAGGCAGACAGACCGACAGCGGUGGGCCAGGCUGUGGUGUUUGUCAGAAUGGCAGUAGAAUAGCAUGCCUUGCAUGAAUACAAAAGCAAUGCUGGAUAUGUACUGCACCUUGUUCAUUGCACUAACAGGCGCAAAGGCGCAAAAGCUCUUCUCGAGAACAAAUUAAACCGCUCCGAAUUCAAAGCAGCCGCAUGCACCUUGUUCCUGAUGACAUCCGCGUACCUACAUUGUUGCGGGCAUGUCAUCAAAUGUAUGUAAGAACUGGACAUGGGACGCACAGCAAAGUGGACCGUCGAACCACCACAGCCCGGCCCGUGCCCUAUGAAGGAUUUCUUCAGUCGGUCAUCCUUGUGUGGCCGUCCGUGUCCCUCCUUUGUCUUGCAUGCCAUGUCUCACGCCACCUUCUUUGUUUCUCAAGAGAGUAGAUGAAAUCUCGUUCAAUAUCGUGAAAGGG